UUAGACAUCAGUGGAUGUUGUUGCUGCCCAAAUCACCUCCUCUCCUUCGGUCCUCCCAUUUUUUCUGUCUCCUGCAAGCUGCUUUGGCUUUUCUAAAUCACACAGACGUAUUAUUCGGCUUUACUGAAACCACUCGUUUAGACGAUUCGGUCCUGGUGAUAAGCUACACGCGAUAUCGUUUUAUCGGUGAAAAUAAAACCAAAAGUGGAUUUGUUGACAAUUCAUCGACGUUUUCAACAAAGUAGCCGCUCGCGCAGAGUAGUUGUCAAAUGUAACUUUUUUUCCGUGAGUUUUUUUUCAAGAGGGAACGAGAGCUGCACGCUCCAGACGCACGUUUCGUUUCAAAAUAAGUUUUUACAGAAAAAUAAUAUUCUUAUUGUACAAUUGCCCCCCAAAAUAAAAAAUAACAGUGAUUAUCCGGUGGCACUCAAACGGAUUAAUAGCGUCUCCGGGGAUGGAGUAAUCCCGUUAAAAGCAAGAACAAAACUGUUUGUAUAGCGGAGCGGGCUCUUCCCGUCACCGUGCACGGGCAGUUUGAGCUGGAUAUCCCACCACAGCACUAUGGGCUGCGGAUUGAGGAAACUGGAAGACCCGGAGGACAGCAGCCCCGGGAAGAUCUACUCCACUCUGAAGAGACCACAAGUAGAGAUCAAAACCGACACCGUUUACGAGUAUGUGCUACUGGAUUUCAGUUUGGAAGGUAGUCGCCCCACGGUGCAGUAUGUGUCCUCUCUGUGCGAGCUGUCCCAGGCCCUGCAGCCCUACUACACCCAGGGCUAUGUCCUCACCACUCUGCAUCCCAUCAUUCUCUCUGUUGGACGCACGCGUUCCCUGCCCUUCAGCCUGCUCUACCGAGCCAUCCUGGCCCGCCCACGACCCAGUAAGCAGGUGGUGUCCAUGUGUCACAGUGUUCCUGUGCUGAGGGUGGAGGAGUGGCCUAUCCCAGGGGAGUCCCUGACAGACGACACUGUUAGAGCACUGAUCGACAGGGUGAACAGUAGUGCCCGGGGCGGAGUGAGGUUUGUGGGCUCAGUGCUCCAGCAGGCUGGAGGAGGGGGCAGUAACGGCAGGGUGCCUAGCCCCAGGAGAGGCUAUCGAUCCCCCCCACACACUCCUCCAUGUACCCCUCCUGGAGAAGGAGAACUGGAGGAUCACAGCCCUACCUACAGCCCUGACCUAAGGUUGCUGGUGUUCUUCCACUCAUGGGCACCAGGUUGUGCUCCGCUGGAAGCUCUGGCCUGUCAGUACCACCAGGGGGCACUGUCCAUGCGUGUGUCCAGGAAGGGUCAGGUGGUCAGCGCGCUGGAGGCCGAUUGGCUGGAGCUGACUGCAGCCUACUACCGCAAAGGCUGGUCAUUGGUGGACUCGUUUGUGUACUGGGACACACCCAAAGGUGAGCCCGUGCCCAGGUCUCUAGAGGGGUUGUUUGUCUAUGAGGAGAGAAGCACUGCCCCUCCUGCCAACGACACCAUCGUAGUGGAGCAGUGGACCGUCAUCGAGGGUUCUGAUGUGAAGACAGAUUACGGGCCACUCCUUCACACACUGGCUGAGUUUGGCUGGCUGCUCACCUGUGUCCUGCCCACACCGAUCAUCCGUCAUGACAGAUUGUGUGUCUCCAGUGAUGGUAAUCUGGCCACCAAGCAGGUGGUGUUCCUACAGAGACCAGUCAAGACGUCUUCAGUACCACAGAGGAACCAGGCGGGGUCCAUGCAGAGGGACGUGGCCACUCAUUCUGUGAGUCGUGGUGUGGUCAGCCCCCGAACACACCCCACUGAAGAGCUGUCCCCCACCGCGGGGGGUAUUGGGGGGUUCCCCGUCUUCGGAGGGGGGUACCCCAGCGCCCUGUCCCACCUGGAGGAGGGAGGCUUCGAGCAGGACGACGGGGCGGCAGAGGUCACAUGCAUGUGAACCCUGACAUUAACACACAGAUAAUAUCUAUCCCUCUAAUCUCUUCCCUAACCAAGAAGAUAAUAGAUUAGAAAGCAAAACGUGGCACUUUCUAAUGUAUUUUAUUAUGAAGCCAUACGCACCAUUUUGAGAUGGUGUUAUUUCCUUUUUUAAAAAUUUUGUUGGGAAAACCAAGCAGUCUGUGUUCACUGACAUUGGAUACUUUUACUCAUACCCACAUUCUUCUACACAUACACGUAUUAGUCAUGAUUCAAAAAGAUCACAUUGUUCACGCUGCACCUUUUCAUGUGAUGAGAACACAGACACACACAUUCACACAACUGUCACCAGCACAAAGCAGGAAGCACAGGACACACCAGGAAGAACCUCUCUGUGCACAGGCAGACCUCUGGACUAAUCUCCCUGUGACCCACAACACACCUGUUGGACAGAUGUGUCCCAAUGUUUUUGUUCUUCAGUCACUGCUCACGUUUCAGACAUUAUUCCUGUUUUGGAAAACCUCCUCACCCGCUCAUCCACCCUCCCCUUUAGAACUGCCAACACCUCUAUUCAAUCCAAUUCAAUACAACUCUCCUCGUUCUGACGUGACAUCACGUCUGCUCAGGCUCAAGGUGACACGGUUCAGAGACACAGCAUAUCUACAUCCUGCCACCAGCUCCUCUCCCUCCUCUCCUUUCCCAUAAACACACCCAGCAGGAUGUAAACAUUUAUCAGGUGGACAAAUAGACACGUUUGCUGUGUUGGCGGUACUGACAAUAUCCAGGUCAGACUUGUCUAUGGGCGUGGCGGUGAAUACAGCCAUAUUACAAACAGCCCUCUCUCUUUCUGUGAUGGUUGUGUUUAACUCUGGGCGUUUGAGUUCAGGCCUGGAUAAGCUUGUUUGUACAUUCAUUUCUUGGGUGAGUUCAGAUGUGUUUUUAUAUAUAUAUAUACACACACACACACACACACACAGAGAUAGGACUGCCAAGCCACAGGGGUGCCUGGGUAAGUAGGAACGAUUGAACAAUAUUUCAAACCUUUUUUGAGAUGUACACAUACAGUACAUUAGAGCCAUUGUAUUCAGACAGUCUGAUUGGUGCUAAACAUCUAUUGUUCACUAAUCUGUUCAUGAUGUCAUCAUUAGUGUAUAUUUCUUAAGUAUUUUAUAACAAUUUUACCAGUUGGCAUCGGAUCAGUAGAUAUUCUGUUCCUGCACCUAUUCUGUCAUUGGAAAUUGCUGGUAGUUGUUUCAUCAUAGCCACAUGGCACUGGUUAUCAGGCCUCAAUUGUUUCAUUCUGCUCAGUGAUGAUGUAGAUUCCUCUCCUCAGAUCUUGAGACAAAAGCCCUAGUUUCUUCAGGAGAUAGUGACAGUUGACUCUUUUGAAAUGUUUGAUCAUGUGAAGGGAAACUAGCAAGGGCUUGUUGUAUAAGAAAACAACAUGCUGCUGUACAUAUCGUAAUGUUAACAGGAAGUAUUACUAGAGAUGCAGAGACUACAAGUUUUUAAAUUAACUCCCUUUUUUGGGGAUGGCGAAACAAAUCAGUAUUAUCUACCUGUUGCAGUGUUUUCAUUUUGGAGAAAUUAUUUGUUGUCAUUGGUGUUUUAUCUAAUUAAAAAGUGAAUUCCC